AUGUCUCAAGCAGCUCUUUUGACAAUAAAACAAGUGAUUGGUGUUCGGAGUAGUGUUACAAAUUGUAUAGCAUUUCAAGAUGAGCAAACGGUUGUCUAUCCCGCCGGGGGCAAUAUUGUGUUGUAUGGUAUUGAUCAAAAAGCUCAAAAAACUAUUCCAUGUACAAUUAAUUCUCAAGCUUUAUCAACAAUUGCUGUUAGUCCAAAUCGUCGAGCAAUUGCUAUUGCUGAAAGAAUUAAUGAUCAUCCACAAGUUACUGUAUACGAUUUACAAACAGGGAAAAAACGCAAAACAUUGCAUACGGAAGUUAUCAAAUCGAAUGAAAUAGUAUCGUUGUUAUUCUCAGCUGAUUCCAAAUAUCUUUUAACACAAGGCAAGAUUAUUUAG